AUUUCCUCGACGCAAUUCCUACGGUUCGCUUUUCUUCUCCUCCAUUUCGUUGCCGUUCGACUUCGGCUGCGUCACCUGAACCUGAGGUAGAGCUUUGAAGAGUCGCUAGCUUCUUCGCCUCCGUCGACCUGUUCGGCUUUGCCUGCUUCAUGUGAGAUAGAGAACGGGUCACUAGCUUUUUCGCCUGCUUCGACGACGUUCCUUCCUGUCGGAUCGGAAGUCACGGUAGUUCGACGACGUUGGAUCGGAAGUAACGAUGGAAGCUCGCACGCUGAGAAAGAUUUUGCUCAAAUCUUGCUUAAAUCUUGCGUAAAUCCUGAAUAAAUCCGGUACCAAACAGCCCCUAAACAAUUCGUCGCCAUGAAGCUUGUCCGCCGCGACCUCGAGCCUGACGGUCCCGGCAGCAUCAAGAUAAUCCCGGAGGAGGAAGAUGACAUGUGGCACGCCUACAACCUCAUCUCUGAAGGAGACCUGGUUCAAGCAGUCACAGUGAGGAAAGUUCUCAGGGAACUGGCAUCUGGUGGAAGAGAUUCUGAACGUGUAAAGUUAAAGCUGGAGAUUAAAGUUGAGAGUGUAGAUUACAAUAAGGAAGGUUCUGUCUUGCGGAUACGUGGCAAAAACGUCUUGCAGAAUGAACAUGUGAAGAUUGGCCAAUUUCAUACACUUGAAGUUGAACCACAUAGGCCAUUUGUGCUAAGGAAGGAUGUUUGGGAUUCAUUUUCACUUGAUAUUCUUCACCAAGCAUGUGAUCCUGCUGCAAGUGCUGACCUGGCUGUUGUUUUGAUGCAAGAAGGUUUGGCUCACAUGUUUCUAAUUGGGAGAAGCAUAACAACAACCCGCUCCCGUAUUGAAACUUCUAUUCCAAGGAAGCACGGUCCGGCUAUUGCUGGCUAUGAAUCAGCUCUGAAAAAAUUCUUUGAGAAUGUUCUACAGAGUGUGUUAAAGCAUAUUGAUUUUAAAGUUGUUCGAUGUUUAGUGAUUGCAAGUCCAGGCUUCACAAAGGAUCAAUUUCGUGAUUAUUUACUAUUAGAGGCAGAAAGACGUUCGCUAAGACCAAUAAUUGAGAAUAAGUCCCGCCUUGUUCUUGCUCAUUCAACGUCAGGUUACAAGCAUAGCUUGAAAGAGGUUUUGGAUGCCCCCGCUGUCAUGACCUUAAUAAAAGAUACAAAAGCUGCACAGGAGGUUAGAGCUUUGAAGGACUUUUUUGACAUGCUUUCAGAUGACACAGCCCGUGCAUGCUAUGGCCCUAGACAUGUUGAAGUAGCAAAUGAACGAAUGGCUAUUCAAACUCUUCUAAUAACAGAUAGCCUUUUCAAAAAUGCAGAUGUGUUGGCAAGGAAGAAAUAUGUCAAUUUGGUUGACUUUGUAAAGAACUCAGGAGGCUCUGUCCAUAUUUUCUCAUCAAUGCAUGUCUCUGGAGAGCAACUGGCUCAACUAUCAGGUAUUGCAGCUAUACUUCGCUUUCCCUUGCCUGAUUUGGAUGACAUUGAGAUGUAAGCUAUGGCAGCAUUGUCUCUACUGAGCUCACACAGGCAAGCAUCAGAUCUGGUGGAAUUUUAUUUGAUAUUCUAUUUAAAAAUUAAAUUAGUUAAAUGAGCAAUUAAAGUUUCUCUUCUUCUAAACAUAUACAACAGCAACAGUCUAAGAGUCCUUCAGCUUUCCCUGUCUUAAUUCAUUACAGGCAAUCAAAUUAGCAAAAGAGGUUUUCUGUACAUAUAUGCUACAUUUAUUUGCUUGUUAAUAUCAGUUUGAGAUCUUAUGGUUUCUCUGCCAAUGUAAAUUGAUGCUGUUCCCAGUUUUGAAAAUAUUUAUGCUUGAUUUGUGAUA